CGGGGAGCCUGUGGUGAGCUCCCUCACCACAGGGUUGUAGUGAGUUCAAAACUACGUCGUUUUGAUUAAUAAGCCACACCCCUCAAACUCUAACAUAUGCUCUGCCAAGUAGGGGAUAAUAAUUCCUAAAUACUGAUGAAAAUCAAAUACGAGCCCUAAAAAAGACAGUUUUCCCGCUCCUGAUCGAUUCACUCCUCCUGCGUAUAAUGGCUCCCCUGUCGCCGACACCCACUUCCUCGCCACCACGGGCGUCGUCCACCGUCGAUCCUUUCCCUCCGGUGUCUCCCAUCUCCACGGCUUCAUCCCCUCCUUCGUCACCCAAAAUUGCCAUCGAUUCAUCCCAACUGGCGUCUCCAAAACGAAUGGACGAUGGUGGACUUGAAGAGCGAGAAAAUGAUUGGUCCAAAGAUUACUCUCUUGGAUUUGGAAUGGAGUUUGAUACAGAGACUGCUGCGUAUGAUUUUUAUAAUUAUCACGGAAGGGUUAUGGGAUUUAGCAUUAGGAAAAGUUAUUUUACACGAAGCAAGAAAGAUGGUAUUUUGAUAAAUCGAAAGUUUGUUUGUAGUAAACAAGGUAAAAGGGGAAUAGACAAACGGAGCCUGGUAGUUGAACAACCUCGAAAAGAGACGAGAACCAAUUGCGGCGCGUUCAUGUAUAUAUCAUUUAGUUAUCCAACUUUCAAAAUGGAGUGUGAAGAAUUUUGAAGAAAAGCCACAUUUUACAUAUUUCCGAGACUGUUUAUAGGAUGCGAUCUCAAAGAAAGAUACAUGAGGCACAAGCUUUAAAUAUCGCUAUAGCUGUUGAUAGCGGUUUAUCGCUCAAGGCAUCACAUGAUCUUAUUAGUGCUCAAGUCGGGGGAAGGGAAAUGUAGGAUUCACACAAGAAGACCACAAAAGUUUCUUGCGUUCAAGAAGACAAAGGAGCUUACAAUAUGGUGAAGCAGGAGCUUUGUUGGGAUAUUUUCAAACUAAGGCUGCUGAAAAUCCUUAUUUUUUCUAUCGCACUCAAUUGGAUGUCGAUGAGCAUAUUACUAACAUUUUUUGGGCUGACUAUGAAAUGAUUACUGAUUAUGGAGUUUUUGGGGAUUCUGUAUCUUUUGACACAACAUUUCAAACAAAUAAAGAUUGU